CCGACCGGAAGUACUCAAAACCACUUUCGAACACAAAAGUCGCUAUUCCAUCUUUGCCUCGGACAAUCACUCAAAUCCCAUUUCAAGUCCCUAACUCCACUCCACCUUCCUUUCCCAAUUCCCCAACUUUCCUUCCUUUCAAACCCCAAAUUUUCACCCCAAAAUUGUUCUCUAAUGCAAACCUUGGAUACCCUUUGAAGUCUUCUUCGAGAGUUUCUUGCUCUAAAGAAAUUUUUGGCUGUUGAAUGAGUAUUAGAGGCUUUGGGUUAUUUUUCAAUGAUGGCACCACCAACUUCUAGAAGAAAGAAAUGGACUGAGGCAGAAGAGAGGACUUUAAUAGAUAAGUAUGGUGAGAUGGUCUGUGAUGGAACUUUAGCUAAAAUGAAAACUAGGGAGAAAAAAUUUAAGCCUAUUGCCUUGUAUGUUAAUUCUGUACACCAUGCUAGGGACCCCGUUACAUACCCUUGGCAGUGGACUUGGAAAGAUGUGUCAGUAAAAGUGCAGAAUAUGAGGCAUCAGUAUGCUUUGGUUAAGCAGAAGAUUAAGAAAAUGGAAUCUGUUGGCGAUUCGGGUUGCGGGGAUGAGUUUGAUUGGAUGGAGGGGCUGACGUAUUGGUCGAAUUUUCUUAGCUAUAAGGAGGUUUUUGGUGACGUGUCAGUUGUACACAAUAGUUGCGAUUCAUUAGCGAUUGUCGGAGAUUGUAAUGAUAAUGAUGGGGGUUUUGAUGGUGGCGUUCAUGGGAUGGAUAUGACUCAGUUUGAUCAUCUGGGUCAUGUGGGUGAUGAUGAUUUUGCACCUGGUCUUGAUGGGGUCGAUAAUGGGAUUAUCAGUUUGGGGUUCCAUUAUGAGCGUGAGGAAGGAGAGGAGAAUUUUAAUGGAGGGAAUAAAAGUAAUAGUCAUGUAAAAGAGGAUGGGGAUGAUGGAUUCGUUUAUGAAGGCACUGAGCCUACUGGUUCUGAUACAAGGAAGAAGAGGAAGGUCUCAAAAGGGUUGGAAAAGAAGGCAUGGAGGUUUCUGGCAAACCAAUUGGGACAGCUAAGGGAAAUGGAAACCCAAUUUGAGCAGCGUGAAGCUGAUAGAGAACGGGAGAGGUUGAGGAGAGAACGCCUUCUCAUGGAAAUUGAGCAGGAACGAGACAUGAAAUGGCAAGAAAGAGAAAAGGAGAGGGAAGAAAGGGAAAUAUCUAGGGAGAAGCUGAGGAAACAGAGGAUUCUUGAAUGGGACACCAUGGAAAAGGAAAUUGAAGACCGGGAAAGGAGAAGACGAGAUGAAGACUUAAUGUUUGAGAGGCAAUGGGAGGAAAGGAUGAAUAGGAGUAGAUUGGAAUGGGAGAAGAGGAUGGAUGACAUGCUAAGUCAGCACAGAGCACAAAUGAGCCAGAUACAGACUCGAUUAGUUCACGAACAACAGAGUCUCACUAGUCAGUUGCUUGGUAUUGUUUCACAGUGGACAGGUCAUCCAACUGGUCUCUCUGACCACACUGGUGCUAGUAGCCAUUAUCUUAAUCAGAUGAUGCAAAAUCUUCACCAUGUAAAUGGUUUGGUGCAUGGUGAUGCAAGGGUUGAUGGUGAUAACCAAGAUGAUCAAUUUAUCGUUGAUGGCUGAUAGUAUCAUUGUUCCCUUUGAUAUAGCACAAAAAUACAGAGUUGCAGAAUUGUAGAGGUCUGUAAUGCUAGAUCUUUUAUUACAUUUUGUUCUUUGUAUCCCCCCCUUUUUCUCUUAUUCUUUUCUUGCCUAUUUUAGUGUAGGCUAAAUGUUCUCUGCUCCAAUUUUUUGAUGUAACUAGUGUUCUAAGCUGACCAAAAGGCCAGUUGUGUUUUCUAUACAAUGCAGCCAUCACUUGUCAUAUUGCCUUGUGUCUUGUUUGUUCUUGCGUCUGAAGGUGAUUACAUCAGAUAUUGUCAUUUUAUAA